AUGGGGGCGAAUGGAAGUAAACCCAUGUAUGCUGUGGUGGCCCCGAAUGUGUUGCGGCCAAACACUAAUUACCACAUCAGUGUCUCGCUGUAUGACAUGCCGGCGCCCAUCGAAGUUAAUGCCACUGUUAUCGGUCCGGCACACAAUGUCAGCACCGGUGCCGUCGCUGUCGGUACGGCUGAGUCCAAAGUGCUAACCCUAGCGAUCGGCGAUUGGCCAGAAGGCAGCUAUAAGGUGCGCGUAGAGGGAAAGGGCGUUAAUUUCACCAAGUACGAUGAAAAAGUUGCCAUAACAAGAGAUGGAUUUUUAAAUGAAUUGUCACUUAAGUAUGUAGCAAAAUGUGUGUCGGUAUUCAUACAGACAGACAAAGCCACGUAUAAACCCGGACAGAAAGUACAGUUCAGGGCUGUUGUGCUCAACCCAUCGCUGAUCCGCCAAAAUAAUAUCCCAAUUGAUAUCCAUAUUAAGGACGGUAACGGAAUGCCUGUCAUUGAAUGGAAAAAAUUGUUUACUAAAAACGGUGUCAUCGCUGAAGAGCUGCAACUGUCAGCACAGCCAGUGUUGGGCCACUGGACUAUAGAUGUGACGGCAUUCAGACAAAACACCACAAAGACAUUCACUGUCGCUGCAGAGGAUGUUUUACUUACGUUUAAUGUGGAGGUAGUGUUGCCAACAUAUGUGACCACAAAUCGGUCCUCAGAAGUGGUCGCAACUGUUAAAGCAAUUGAUACUAAUGGGAAGGCUAUUAAGGGAGAGCUUACUCUUAACGUUUGCACCAAAAAUCAUCAUGAAAACAGCAAAUACCGGACAAAGGCUACGAUCGACGGAAGCGCAACAAUAGCCGUCAAUUUAGUAGAAGAGUUAGAACUCAAUGAACAACACAUCGGGAACUCUGGCGUUGAAAUUGAAUUCACGGCACAAGUGGUGGAAACAGUGACCGGAAAACAGUAUAACAAAUCUAAUACAAUAAAGAUAUACGACAGGGAUGUGAAGCUGGAAGUGGUCAAUACGCCCAACACAUACAAACCGGGACUAAAAAACACGUUUGUCAUUAAAGUUGUCACACAAGACGACAAACCAGUGCCGGAAAACGGGCCGCAACUCAAACUCAAAUACGGCUAUUCAUUGAAUGGGAGUGAAUGGAAAGAAUGCAAAGACAGUCCGUUACUGUUGUCGCCAACCAAUGGACUCAUUAAGUUUGAUGUGUUUCCGCCCAGAGAUAUAGACUCAAUGGUAGUUAAAGCCGAAUAUAUGGGACACACGUAUGAUAUUGAAACUACAAAGGCUAGCACAAAAUCCGGGCACUACUUGCAAGUGCUUUGUUCUGACACUACAGUUAACAUCGCUGUCGGACGGGACGUAAAAUUCAUGGCAAAUGCUACCGAACCUAUCGGACAACUUGUGUGCGAAGUGAUGGGAAGGGGAGACAUAGCGUGGGCUAAAAGUUUUGACAUUCCCACCAAUAAUAGCACCGGUUAUGAGUUCAAUGUCGCGACUGUGCCUCUAAUGGCGCCGUCGGCGAGGCUUUUGUGUCAUUACGUGCGUCCAGACAACCAGGAAGUGGUGGCCGACGCUCUCGACUUUGUGUUCUGGACGCCGACCGUCACAGCCGUCGCCGCCGACACCAAUCAGACUUUUGUCGACAUCAGUCCCGAGGAUCUGUUCAACGAUCUGAAGGCCUACGACACCACUGCCCGCAAGUCAUCCUAUUAUAGUCGUUACGGCCGGUCGUCGGCAACCGUUGACACGUUUGACGACUCGGGUGUCGGUGUUAUGCAUAACGGGUUUAUAUUUAUUGCGCGGCGCUAUAGAGGUUGGGACAAUUAG